AUGGAUUCACACAUGGAUAUGGAGAUCCCGGUGAUCGAAACCGACGAGUCGCUAUUUGAUGUUCUUCCCAAGCUGUUUAACUUCAUUAGCAUGGCCGUGGGUGAAAUGGCUUACACGUUUGAACAAAUGCUGUACGGGUCCCAAGGACACCGUCUUAGGCAGUUGGUCCACGCUUUAGCAGAGGACACGCAUAAUCCCUUCAUCAUUGUGGCAUUGAUGAUUCUGAAAUGGGAUUUCACCACUGCCACUGAGGAUGACUGGGGACUCAAUGAGAGCCGUGGUGCAGCCUGUGAAUUUGUUGCCUGGCAGUUCCUGUGCCAUCUGAAUCAGCGGGAGACAAUUGACUUUCUAUUAGAGGAGCUACCAUCACCGCGACGCGGGUCGAUAAAUAUCAUUGAAUCCGAGACAGGCGACCCUGGCGUAAAUAUCCAAAGUGAUACAAGUCAGGAGGAAAGCGAGACUACUCCUCUACUGCCAAACUCUCCUUUUAAUCGUCUUUUUGGCGGCAAGAGAGCCAUAGAGGCUCAGUUACCUGGAACCUCACAAGAUACACAUCAACAUGAGGAAGCCUAUGCCCAACGAUACUCCCAAUUUUUCGGACUGAAUGCGCUAGAGAUAGCAACGAUUGCCCAUGCAAAGAGAUUUCUGAGCCAGCGAGUUGUUCAAAGGGUGGUCGAUGGUAUUUGGAAGGGUGAAAUCGUCUUCUGGGAUUCUCUGACGGUCAACUCCACCAAGAAACCUCAUAUUUUCAACAGAAGAACGGCUGAUCCAUAUUCACGCCUGAGAGUACCUCUGUACCGGAAAAUCUUUGAAGCAGUUUUCUUCAUGUCUUUCCUCUUUCUCUACUACGCAGUUCUGGUAGAGAGGAGGCAAGAAGCUGUUGGUAUCUUUGAGGCAGUGAUGUAUGUGUGGAUCGUCGCUUUUGCGUACGAUGAAUUGAGUGGAAUCAUUGAUGCCGGAGUUGUGUUCUACCAAAUGGGGUUCUGGAGUCUCUGGAACCUGAGCAUAAUCGGUGUUGGAAUGGCAUUCGUCAUAACGAUGAAAGUGUUCUUUGGAUCGAGUGUUCUUGGAUUAGACACCGCGUCUGAAAUCUCCCCCAUCUUCGGCUAUGGCUUGAUGCUUACUUUUGCCCUAAUGACCAAUACUCUCAUUCUAUCAUCCUUAAUUAGUUUGAUGAGUAUGAGUCUUGAAGGGGUGAUGCGCCAUGCCCGAGAAGAAUAUCUUUUCCAGUAA